AUAUUUGACAAGUAAUUUGUUGACAUCAUACGUUGAAAAUAUCUGUAAUUUUACAAUUUUUGUUCAGUUACCGCUUACAAACUUAACCAACAAUGGAAGCAUUAGAUUUACUUGAAAAGCGUAUUGAUACACUAUCUCGAAUGUUGGGUCCGCUUCCCGACGAAGGAAACACAGCAUCUGCAGGUGCUGGCUCCGAUUCAAACAAACCACCAGCCGCACCCGAUACAGUAGUCGACUCAUUACUAACAGUGAAUAGUAUGCUAAGUGGGGUUAUUGGUAACCGUGAACAAAUUGCAAAAACAAUUGCUCGUGCUCCUGAACUUGAAAAAUAUUUGGAUCCAAAUUUCUUAGAAGAGAAUCAACAAGUUCGCUCAAAAGAAGUUUAUUUAAAUGCUAUAGCCCCAGACUUACAUUCUCAAUUCGAACAGUUGGAUCGUGUAAAACAACUUGAACCGACAUUAGGCGCUGAAUAUUUCCGCAGUAUACCAGGCGAAUGUACCGAAAAUUUGAAACAGCAUUCAGAAGAUAACACCGAGUUCGCUCACCAAGCCGAGUUAAUAGAAGAAAGUUUAAUUUUGGCUAUGAAACGGUAUGGGGAAAUACAAACCGGACUUUUGGAGUCGCUUGGAUCCAUGAAUAAACGGCUGGAAGCGAUAGAAGAAAAAAUGGAUCAAAAAAAGCGGGCCGAAGCUGAAAAAGAACUACCCUCUCCUAAAGAGUGAACACUUUCGUCUAUCUAAUUCGUAUUUGUAUAUUUUUAAGUUGCAAUGGGCAGAAAUUUAUGUUCAUAGAUAUGUAUUAACUUGUAUUUUAUAUGUAGCGUUUAUUCUGAUUACUUCUAAGUCCAUGUCCUUUGCUCUGUCAUAAAUAUAAUUGAAAAAUUGCUAA